UAGCGGGUCCUCACGCACACAGGAAGGGGAUAGAAAGCUAUUAGCUAGCAGCGAACAACUGUAAACAACUCACAUUUGUAAACCUCACAAACAGUACGUUUGCUUGCUUAACCAUUAGCAUUGCAUUUCUGGCUGUAGACCAGGGGACUGGUGCAUUAGUAGAAAAGGUUUGGGUUAUUUACAGAGCUGGGAAACAAGCAGCUAGCAGCCAAGCUCGCGCAGGACAGCUGAAGCUUUGCUCAAAUCGGAUCGUUUUUAUUUCUUCAUAAAAACUCUCACACCCGUCGUAAUAACGGAAAUCACGGUGAAAAUGUUAGUCAAUGUGUUGCGGAUUGAUAUGAGACAAAAUUUACUGUGAACGAUGUUUCUGGUAGGCUGUCGAGGAUUUGUUUUCUUAGUUAGCACGUAAGCUAAAGCUAGCUACUUUCAAUCUCAUAUAAAAGCGCAUAAAUCUUAAUAAAUACUUUAAGUAUUCAAUUAACGCCUGGGAAAAGAUGCUCUAUCGGAAAAUGUGAUUCUAUGGUAGUGUACAGGUUAAACUUAAUUUAAUGGUUUUGAGCUAGAGGCUUGAUGGAGGCUAGCUUACUAUAAGGUAUAGCUUAGUUGACUUGCUGGGAAAAAAAAGGUAAUUUGGAGUUAAUUUAAAUACAGUAUUUUUUUAUAUUAAAAUGCGAAGAAACGCUUAAACGCUUCCCUAAAUAUGUCUCCCAAGUCUUUGAAUGGGCUGGACUGAUACUAUGGAAGUUUUUAGAAGUGUCAGUGUAGUACAGAUGGAGCACAGCAGCAAAAAUGUUGAGGAAUCUUUACACCGCAGCUGCUGAGAUGAAUUAACCAGGAAUCAAAUGGUUUUGGAAGCCUUUAAUAAUGGGUGAUAUGAAGACCCCUGAUUUUGAUGAUCUCUUGGCUGCCUUUGACAUCCCUGAUGCGACCAGCCUGGAUGCCAAAGAGGCCAUUCAGGAGAAUCAUGAUGAGGGAGAGGGCCACCUGAAGCAUUCAGAGAUGUGUAUGGAUGCCACAGCUUUGAGCCCUCGCCCAGUGACUCCAACAGAUGUGCCUGCAGUCAGUGUUAUAGUAAAGAACACCAGCCGCCAGAACUCCUAUGAACAUCUUGUGGAGAAAGAGGGCUCGCAUUUGGGACACCUUUUAGAAAAUGGGUUCAAGACUUCUGCAAGCUCACUGGAGACACAUCAUGUUGAGACACAUCCUAUCAACUAUCCAAGGCUUGAUACAUCUCCUGUCAAUGGUGACUGUUCUUUGGAAAGGAUUCCUGUCCUAAACAAGACUGAAAAAUAUCCAAGUCUGUCAAAGUCUAUGCCUCAGUUUAGCCCUAUAUCUAGCCCAGAAUCUGAAGACAUUCAGAGCAAUGGAGUAGAUGACCGUCCAAAAUCUGCAGAGAGCUCAUACUUCCCAUCUAAUUCACUCUUUACAUCUUCAACUCUUCCUAUGUUAGACAUUCAUGGAAAAUCACAAGCAGUGUGUGAGAACAGCAAUAAAAGAUAUCCUGGUUCUAAAGGUCUGAAUGAUCUCAGUUGUGAUGCCUCAUCUUUAAAAGAUGGUAGCUCAGUGUGCUACAAAGAUAGAGUGGAAAGAAGUUAUGAUUCAAUGACUAAGAGUGACUGCAUUGUCAAUUUUGGAACAAAUGCAUAUUCAACACCCGAGACAAAUAGUUCCUUCUCCCAUCUAUGCGUUAAUGCUCAGACCUCCAGGUUGUCUACUUGCCUUGAUGCAUUAUCUGCCCUGAAUGCUAAAAAGGAUCUUGGUGAGCAAAUUAACUCAAGAGACUUUCCAGUUACCGCAAAAGAUGCAAUUAAAAUUAGUCCUAAAAUACCCAUAUCACCAAGGAGCCCUAGAAGUCAUCUUGAGGUGGUGAAACGUUUUAUCAAACAGCCUGACAGCCCAAUUAGUAUAUGUAGUGAUAGCAGUGGUAAAGCAUCUCCAGCUGUUGCUACUGGCUCGCCUCCAGCAAUACCAAGAGUGAGAAUAAAGACUAUCAAAACCUCAUCUGGAGAAAUCAAACGUACCGUCACAAGCAUAUUACCAGAUUCUGAAACUGAAGAUCUCCAGUCACCCUUUGGUUCAUCGCCAUCUCAGUCCUCAGUUGAAGAUGCCUUCUCUAAAACAUUGCCUGUGUAUCGCUCGAAUGAAGUCAUUUCUGAAGUUGUUUUUGAAGAUGGAAAGCAGGAAGCCUCAAAGACUGCUUUAUUGGGUAGCAAACCAGCAAGAAUGAAAUCUGUAAGGACUUCAAAAAAAACUAAAUCACAAAGUAAUGGUCUUGCACUAAAGAGAACACAGGAAGGGAAUAAUCAAAGAAAGGCUUAUUCCACUCAAAUGGGUUCUUUUGCUAAUACAAAUUACCUUCCAAAGGCAUUACACCUUGCUAACCUGAAUCUAGUCCCACACAGUGUGGCUGCCUCAGUUACAGCAAGGUCUUCCACCAACAGACAGGACCGCUCUCAUUUAUCAUCUUCAGUGGUGUGCAGUUCUGUACCUUUAGUGCACCAAGUUAAGAAAGUAUCCGCUAACACACAAGCUGUUGUCUCAAAUACUGCAGCUGGAACUUUGAACAGACUGUUGAAUUACUCAAACCCUGUGCCACCAUAUGUUCCUGACCUGAGUCCACCACCAGGCAGCAGUAUCAAGCUCCCACCACAAGGCUAUUGCUGCCUGGAAUGUGGAGAUGCAUUUGUGCUGGAGAAGAGUCUUGCUUACCAUUAUAGUCGGAGGAGUGUGCAUAUUGAUGUUGCAUGUACCCACUGUUCAAAAACAUUGGUGUUUUUUAACAAAUGUGCUCUUUUGGCACAUGCUCGUGAACACAAGAACAAAGGCAUGGUGAUGCAGUGCACUCAGUUAUUUAUGAAGCCCAUUGCUGUUGAGCAGAUGUUGGUGCCCAUGAAGACUAAGCAGUCUGUAAAUCAGAUACCUUGUGUGAACAACACAACCGAGUCACCCAAAAGCCAAGCAGUCUUGCCUCUUUAUCCCGACAAAGUUAUCAGACAUGGAUUCAAAUGCCUGGACUGUAACAAAGAAAUGUCAGACUUCACCACACUUGCAGGUCAUUAUCAGAGGUCAUCAGUGGAUGCUGAAGUUUUGAUGUGUAAGGUUUGCUCAAUGCUGCUACCCAACAAGUGCAGCUACAGGGCCCAUCAGCGUAUUCACACACACAAGUCCCCUUAUUGCUGCCCUGAGUGUGGUGCACUCAGUCGCUCUGUGGACAUCCAGAAGCACGUGAAAGAGAAUUGUCUCCACUAUACCCGCAGAAUUGGGUAUUCGUGUGUGCAUUGUGAAAUGCUUUUCAUGUCACUGUCCGACUUGAAGUCUCAUAUUGAGGAGAAACAUUGUGAGGUCUUCUAUAAGUGUACUAUCUGUCCUGUAGCAUUCAAAUCUUCUGAUGGCUGUUUGAUGCAUGUAAAAAGCAAACAUGGUGGCAGUGAACCAAGCCAUCAGAUGAUCUACAAGUGUUCCUGUGAAACUGUCUUUAAGAGAAAGCAGUUGUUGUAUCAGCAUUUUCAUAACCGUACUUGUGUGUUCAAAUGCCCAGAAUGCACAUCCUUUUUCCCGGAGAAACUACCUUUGAUGCAACAUUUCAAGAAUGUUCAUGGUGGCAUUUUCAGAGGUGAAGCAGAUAAAAGCUUGAAACAGGCUGAAUUGUCAUCUCUCUGUAAUAAAAUAUCACCUCAAAACCUCCAACCAAGGUCAAGCAAACCUGUUAAUGUGGCCUGCAUGAAGAUAAGAGAGGGCUCUGCUGCACAGAAGUUAAGCAGUGGACUUUGUAUGAAGAACACUGGUUGGACCUGUGGAGAAUGCCUCCUGUGGGUCCCAGACAGAGAGAACUAUGUCAAUCACAUGAAGACCAGCCAUGGCAGGUCUGUAAAGAGGCAUCCAUGUCGACAAUGUGAAAGAUCCUUCAAUUCACCCUUGAGUCUUAGACGACACAUUCGUAGUGACCAUGAUGGGAAAAAGAAAGUUUACACAUGCUGGUAUUGCACAAAUGAGAGGAUAACCUUUAGUACACACACUAUGCUGAAGAACCACAUCAGCUUGAUGCAUGGAAUUAAGAACCCAGAUUUCAGCCAGAUGGCAAAGUCAGCAUCUCAAGAGAUUGGGAAAACCACAUGCAAGAGGCCCAAAAGAAGAGCAGAGGAGGUCCAUGAGGAGGCAGGAAAUGGGGGAACUUCAUAUGGCUCCCAGGCCAAGCGUCUUAAGCCACUUUAUCGCUGUGCCAAAUGUGGCUUUACCUCUGAUGACCAAGCCCAAUUUCAGGAGCACAUACCUCAACACAGAACUGAUAGUGACACACCACAGUGCAAGCACUGCGGCCUUUGUUUCACAUCUCAGUUAGCACUCAGCAGACACCUCUUCAUUGUGCAUAAGGUCAAAGAACCGGAGGAGCAGGAGGAUUUUAAAGAUCAGGCAAAAAAGAAAGGGGGUGUAAACUCAACAGACUUGAGUGAUGAAAGUAAACCUGUACGUCUUUUUCCCAAAAAGAAAGGCCUUUCCACAGAGGAGCAAUUCAAACUCUCUAGUAAAAAUAAGACUUGUGAUACCAUAAACGAUGCAUUUGAUGUCAGCAAAAACACACAGGCAUCAAAAAUGGGUGACUUUGCUGAUGAAGAAAAGGCCUAAACAAUGGGUCCCUCUUAUGGAAAGCUGCUAAUCAACUUAAUUGCAGGCAAACAAUGGCUGAACGUACCAUCUAACUGAAUAUGCAGCUAAUCAAUGUGGUACUGCAAACAUGUUGCCUUACAGUAAAAUACUAUAUCUCAAGUCGCAUAUAUCUCAAAGAAGUUCAGACUUUUAUUGCAUUAUAUGAAUGAACUUAAAACUGUUAAAUUCAUGCAAUUAAUCGCCACUUUUUACUGUGUAUUACUUUGACCUAUGUAUGUCUCAUCCAUGUGGAUAAUCAUAAUUUAUUUUCAUGAAGUUUCAAAAGCAUCAUGUCAGUACAUGAUACAGUGUUUCUUUUCAGAACAAAUGUAUGUAUUUGUUAAUGCACCACAUCCAAUUUGUCUUGGAUAUAUUACAACACAGGUUUAGUCACACAAAAUGUUAUGUAUGUUACAUAUUCUAGCCAUAAGUGAGACAGUCAUUUAAUAUUUUGGCUGUUUUCAGGGUCACCAAAUAUGUCAUCAGGGGAAAGAACUGAAAAAUGUAGUACCUUUUGAUUGUCAGUCCUUUGGUGGUGCUUAUGUUGUGAUGGUCUGGAAAGAAAGGGCAUGUCUGAUGAAUCUUUAAAAUUUGGUAGUUAGUGACAAAGCAUGCUUGUAUCACAAAGCUAAACAUCUGUAACAGUAUUGCUACAAUGGAGAUUACAUUAUUCUAAAAAGUAUUCACUUAAACCCUGGUAUCUGCACUCAGAGAAGAUAUAUUUUCAUAUUCAUUCCAUGUAUAUGACUAGUUUCAAUUGCAUUUAUAUUCAAUGAGCCAUUAUUAUCAAUUUAGCACUUUUGUAUGCUUGUAUGUAAAAAAAAAAAAAAAAACACAAAAAUUUAUAAUUAACAUAUUCUUAAACUGAAGACGACAGAGACUCAACUUUACAUAUGUGCUAUCAUCAGAGGUGUGAUGUUUUUUGGGUCCUUCAAAAAUGUAAAAUAUAAAAAUUACUAUUGUUUCA